GAUACCACACUGUUCCGCACCUCACCUGAUAUACCUACCGCCCGAAGUCUUUCUCGACUACAAGCUCUUUCCCGUGGUUACUCGCUUGCGGACCGGCAACGCCCAGGUCGCCCGUUGACCGUACCGGCACCCAGUGUCUCAACCCUCACCAGAAUCCUUCGCGCGACACAUCGGACAUCAUGCUCUUGAAUCGAAAGCCUCUGCCGGGUUACACGCCGGCGUCGGCUGCGUACAUUCCGCCAUCGUACGAUCCAUCGCUGCAAUCCCGAUAUCCCACCGAGCAACAUAUCACUCACUCGCGCUCUCGAACCAACUCUUCCACCGUCAUCCCACCGAACAUGUCACACCCCGGCGUCAUGCCCCGGGCCGCCUACGGCAUGCCUCAACAACUUGCACCACACAUGCACCCACAAGCUGCGCAGUAUGCGGAUCGUGCCGGUCAGAGACACCCAUCGAGCGCAGCAUCCUUCACCUCCUCAUCAAACGUCCACAAUCCCAACCUCGCUCCCAGCAGCCAACGGACGUCGACCAUGUCAGGCUACAGCACCGUCAGCGAUGUCCGGCGAUCCACCUCCUCCCGCAGCAACUCCUCCUCCGCCUCACCUUCGUCAUACGUCGCCCUGAUGAGGAAACAAAAGGCCACCGUCUGGUGUGAUCGGGCACAACUCGAAGACCCUCGGAUACUCGCUGCCCAGCGGCAAGCAAAGAUGCGGGCGGUGGCGGAGGUCGCAGGAGGGAACCAUGCCCAGUCGCGAGUGAGCACCAGCAGCGCCGGCAUGGUGGGCGGCGUACGCAGCAAAAUCCGGCACCAUGGUGCCCCCAAAGCCAGCGCCUACACCGGAGCCAACCUCGCCGGCGCCGUCGGCGUGCCCAUGCGGCUGAGCGCCUCCGAAGUCGACGAGAACGACAGCGACGACGACCAAAGCAGCAGCGGCCGCCGCUACCACUCCCGGACCGGCUCCGGCCGAAGCAGUCUCGGCAGCGGCCGCAAGAACACCUUUUCCAACUCCCAGCUCCACCACACCUACAGCCACGGCGACAGCCCACCCCAAACCCUCCACAGCCCGAUCGAAAGCCGCACCGCCACCCUCGAAUCCUCCUCCUCCGACGCCAACCCCGGCCACCACGACUGGCCCCGCCGCGAGAGCACCACCGAAGAACAGACGCCCAUGCCCCGCGACACCGAGGACUACUUCGCCCCGCACGGCGACCACGGCAAGGGCGACAGCAGCGGCGGCAGCGGCAACAGCUUCAGCGAGGAGACCUUCGACACCCUCUCCGGCCUGUCGCAGAACCACAAGGGCCGCCUCGCACCCCCCGAGGAACAGAUCGCCCGGAAGCUGGUCAGCGCGGAUGAGCUGAGGAGGAGGGGCAGCGUGGACGACCGGACAACGACGAUGACGGGCGCCGGGAGGUUGUUCGUGGCGAAUCCGGAUCUGGACGAUUGAUUGAUUGAUCGGAGCCGCAGGAAAGAGGGACGGAGAGGGAGUGGGAGAUAUUUGGGAGAAGAGGGAGAGAGAGAGAGGGUGGGGGUCAGGAGAGAGGAAUCCUUUUUUUUUUUUUGGAUAUGCUAUAUGAAUAUGGAUAUGGAUGAUACGCGAUACCAAGAGAGAGAGAGAGAGAGAGAGAGAGAGAGAGAGAGAGAGAGAGAGAGGAGAAAGC